GCCCGGGGCGGCGCGGGCGGGGCGGGCCCGGGCGGCGGCGGCGGCGGCGGCGGCCGGGCCCGCGCCAUGAGCAUCGAGACGCUGCUGGAGGCGGCGCGGUUCCUGGAGUGGCAGGCGCAGCAGCAGCAGACCGCACGUGAGGAGAAUGAGAAGCAUGAGAAGCUCUGCCUGGAGAGGGAGCAGGAGCAGAAGAAGGCGGGCAAGGCCAGCGUGCCACGGGCCAACAGCACCCUAUGCGCAGAGGAGCCCCGGAGCGAACUGCUGGUGCCCAUCUCCCCGCCGGGCCCAGUGCCGCUGCCGCCCCCGCCCCUGGCAGCUCCCAUUUCAGUCAUUCCCAUCCCCGUUGUCACCAGUUCCCCCCAGCAGGCAGCCCAGGCCGCCCUGUCGCCGCCGCUGGUGCAACGCCACCAGCCCCUGGUAAGCGCUGCCGGUGUCCCCAAGGAAGCGCCGUCGCUGGCGCCGGUGAUCCAGCGGCCGGACGGGAAAGCCGCGACGCCGCCGUCGGGCAGCCCCAAGCAGCUCCCGCACUACGCGGCGCCCGUGCUGGCCAUCUCCCAGCACCAUGUGGUCCCGCAGCCCAUCCAGCCCCUGCAGCACCCGCCCGCGCCCGCGCCGCUCGGCGCUCUGAAGCUGGCACCGGCAGAUGACAUGAAACCCAUCGAGCUCAAGAAGAGAAUUGGAGGGGUUGGGACCAGGGAAGUACAUAAUAAAUUGGAGAAGAACAGACGUGCACAUUUGAAAGAGUGCUUUGAGACAUUAAAGCGCAACAUCCCCAACGUGGAUGACAAGAAGACCUCAAACCUCAGCGUCCUCAGGAGUGCCUUGCGAUACAUCCAGACUUUAAAGAGGAAGGAAAAAGAAUACGAACACGAGAUGGAGCGGCUGGCGAGAGAGAAGAUCGCUACCCAGCAGCGGCUGGCAGAACUGAAGAACGAGUUGAGCCAGUGGAUGGAUGUUUUGGAGAUUGACAGAAUUAUUCGACAAACAGUUCAGCCAGAGGAUGACCAGGCAUCUACCUCGACAGCAUCAGAGGGUGAAGACAACAUGGAUGAAGAUAUGGAAGAUGACAGGCCAGUGAACUCAUUACCAAAACUCACCCAGCGCCAGCACCCAGAGCUGCUGAAAGCCGUCCCCCCCAGUGCUGCUGCCCCACUCCCCGCGGUCCUGCCCCCACACGUGUCCAUCCAGCAGAAGCCCCACGCCCAGCCCUCCCUGCAGACGCAGGCACUGGUCCCGCCGCAGGCGAUCGUCCCCGCACAGACUCACAUCGUGGCGGCCUCGACCGUGCAAUCGACUGUUAUCGCCCACACCGCCACCACCCACGCCUCGGUCAUCCAGACUGUCAACCACGUCAUUCAGGGGCCACAGACCAAGCACAUUGCUCACAUUGCACCUUCCACAUCCAGCCCCGUGCAACUCACCACUGCUGCUCAGCCCAUCGGCCACAUCACUGUGCACCCAGCCACCAUCAACCACAUGGCUCACCUGGGCCCGCAGCUGCCCAUCUACCCCCAGCCCGUGGCCGUCAGCCAGCCCGUGGUGAGCCACAUCGCUCACACCAUCUCGCACCAGCAAGUGAACGGCACGGCGAGCCUGGGCCAGCCGGCCGUGGUGGCCAAGCCGGCCGUGGGGGCCCAGGUGGUGCAUCACCCGCAGCUGGUCGGGCAGACGGUCCUGAACCCCGUGACUAUGGUGACCAUGCCGUCCUUCCCGGUGAGCACGCUGAAGCUGGCCUAGAGGGGCCGGCGAGGUCUUUGUUGGGAACCUUUCCUAAGGAAACUCCGUACAUUCCAACACGCCCGGCCCGGAUCGGAUCGGCUCGGCAGGAGGGGCGCGGAACCGGGGCCGGGCCGUCCCUGUGCCGGGCCUGCCGCCGGGACGGGGCCGCUCCGCCGAGAAACUUCAAAGACAGUUGUUCAUGGUGAUUUUUUUUUCCUUUUAUGUGUAAUGAGUGAACUAUGGAUAUGAUGUUCUUAAGACUUUAAUUUUGCCCUCUUAUGUGUUGCUUCUUUGUAGAAUAAAAAUUGCUGAUCUCUUUAUUGAGACAUUGCGUAGAAUGGGAAAAAAAUCAUAGAAGUCUAUAUUUAUAUAUAUGUGUGUAUGUGUGUGUAUAUAUAUAUAUGUAUAUACAUAUAUAUAUAAAUAUAACGUUUGAAGGCCUUUUGUAAGGUUGAUUAUUUUGCAGGAUUAUGAGACAAAAUUCAUUUUUGGAGGAAGAAGCCAGAGUGUCCUCUCUAAACAAGAAACUAUAAGAUAGAUGGUUUGGUGGACCAGAGUACAGUGACAAAAAAACCCCCAACAACAAACCACAAGUCAAACCAUGUUUAAGGUAUUUCCCAUCAAUAUAUUACAUUUCAAAAACCAUCUAAAAUCACUGUGACUUGUUAUGGCAUUUUAAGGAAAUUCUCUGUCCUGUCUAAUAAAAGGAAAAAGAAUACACAACCAGACUUGAUUUGUUGCCAUUUUAUAAAUGACUUGAUUUUAUAGCUAUGUCCAAAAAAUACUGGUUUUUAUUAUUUUAACGAUUGACAAUGCUUUGUUUGGAUGUUUUUGGGGGAAUUUGUAUUUGGUCUGGCUUGGUUUGCUGAUGCAAUAAUUGGUUUUGCAGAUCUCUGUGCAUGGCAUGGCCCCGGUCAGGGUCCCUCCUGCCGGUCCAAGGUCCCCCCAGGUUUCUCGGGUUUGUUGUUUGGCAGAGGCACACACUUUGUGCUGGCAGGUUGCAGGGCAUUUCUGUGGCCUGGUGAGUGGAACCUGGGACAAGAAGACAGAGAAAUGAGGUAGAUUUGCUGCAUGUGUUAAUGUUUGUUAGUUUGUUCUGUCCUGAUCAUGCUUUGGUGUGGGAGCCAGUGGGUUUGGAGGGGAUAAAAGGGGAUGUGGUUCCCUUCCAGAGCACAGGCAGUUCAAACAGCUUUGUUCCCUUUGACAGGGAAGCAAUCUCUCCUUAUGCAGGAUAAGGUUUGCUGCAGGAGGUCGGUGUGAGAGCUCGUGUCUGACAGUGAGACGUGCACCAAAGAACCCUCAUCCCUCAGGACCCUCCCGUUCCCCUUCCCAGUGAUUGGGGCAGACCUGUCUGAGGGCAGUGGCAAAUCCCAGAGAGCCAGGAGAGGAGGAAUGCUGUUUGGCUCUGCUGGUCCCUGCCAGCCUGCCCGGGAGGCUGCUUAGGACGUGUUGCGCUGCUCACUGAAUGUUUUGGUCCUUGCACAGUAUGUAGCUACUGCUGUGAAUGAUCUCCAUUCUGUCUUCCUCUCUUUUUAAAGCAAGUAUUCCGCAGUCCUUACUGCAGGCCAAAUGCAGCUGUUCUGCUGGGGCAGGAUGGAGGAGGGUCCCAAAUCUGCCCAGGAGCUUUGGGAGAGGAGGAGGGGGUGGCUGAGCACCUCAGGGUGCCGUGUCCAGCGUGGGGCCGAGGUCUCCUGCUUCCAUCCUCUGCCCAACAGACCUGUUGACUCUAGCAGGACUUCAGUCUGUUGAGAACUGGUGCGAGCAGUGUCAGGGGUGUGUGUAAUUGAGAACAUCUGCCUGUUCCACACUGUUCCCAGUUAAAACUGGUCUGGAGGCAGGAGAAGUGACUGCAGAGGUCAGGGGUGAUUGUGCCUUCUGAGCAGGUGCCACUGGGAAUUGUGUGAAGUCUGUUCAUAAAGCCCCAGUUAACCACUUGUUUUAUUUUUCUUUCAUACGUUCUUGAGUUCAGGAGCUCUUGGCUGUGCUUGCCAGCACAGCUCCUGCAGAGUGGGCAAACCUUGAAGGAUUUCUUUUCAUAGAACCCCAUUUAAGCAGAUCAUUUGUUCUCAUUCCAAUGCACCAUUAACACGGGGAGAUUCCCAGAAUUGCCAGGACUUUGUUGUCCUCUGUCCCUGCAGGUGCUUUCCCAAGGAGGCCAUUGUGUGCCAGUAUUUGAGAGAUGAGGUUGGGUACGCCUCAGUUUCUCCUCAUCAGAAACUCAAUGCUGAGUAUGUGCAGCAGGUUCUCUUCUCAGGAGGGAGUGUGGCUUUGCCCUCUGCAGCAGUGUCAGGAGGGGGAGGACGUGUGCUUCUGCCUUCUUUUACUGUUCCAACUCACAAAACAACAAAUUCUCCUCAUUGAAGGGGCCAGGUUGAGAAUGUGCUCGGUGCAGGAGCGUUGGCCGAGCCCCAGGGAGAUGAGCUUCUGCUGGGUUCCUGAAUGGUCUGUGCUGGAUGGACAGGGGUGCUGCUGACCUCCCUUACUGUCUAGAGCAAAGAGUGGCCCUGCCUUGCCCAGUGCUGUAUCCUGGCCAGUUUUUCUUUCCCCUUGGAACUGUGCGAUGCAGUCUGUCUGAUCCCCUUCAUGGGUCUUGACCUCCCCAUCAGGAACCUCUCCCUUGGCCUGCCCAGGAGCUGCUCCAGAUGUGUGUACCCCUGUUCCCAUUUGCCUUUUCAGGGCUACCAGAAACAUUCUUUGGGAUUUUUCUUUUUGUUUUUUAAAGUCAGCGAGCUUCACUCUUACCUGUGGGACGAAGAGCAGCCACAGCCCUUCCUUUUGUUGCUCAGAAACUUUGGAUUUACACUGAUGCUCUUAGAAAUCCCGUUCAGUACUGUAUGACAAGGGGCACUUUAGGAAUGUUUCUCCUCCUUUGAAUUAUGUUUUCCCUAUGGAGAAAGCUAUAUAUAAAUAUAUAUGUAUACUUGGGGAUUCAUAAGAUCUAAUUUGUCCCCCAAAAAACCAAUAAAUAUGAAGUUUACAAGAAAUCUCUUCUGUUGUUGAAUAAUAUUAGUUAUUGGUGUAACCAUGCCACAGAAACAAUAGAAAAUGGGGUUUCUGCAUAGUAGUUUGAGAGGGUUUUCUGUCCUGUCACACCUGGCUUGGAGCCUGUUGGUCAGUGGAGAUGGUUCUGCUGAGGGUAGGUGCCCUUGCAGCCCAUGCUCCACGUCCUGCUGCCAACAGCCAAAUCAUGCUCAGGAGCUGGAGCUGUGCUUAAAGCUCAGGAGCACGGCCUGGGGUGUUUGCAGCUGGGCAGAUGUGUGGGCACAGAACCCCAGAAUGGCCACGGGAAACCUCGUGCUGGGCUGCGCCUGCCAAAGCCACUGCCAGUGGCCUGCCAGGGAGUGCAGGCAGAGGGCAGAGCACCCAAACCGCUACUUUAGAAUGAUCCUGAAAAGAGCUCUUAACGCUGACACUUUAGAUACAGGAAUGUAUUCCUGACCUCACCAGUAAAAGUUUGCCAGAUCUGUGUAGUUUAUCUUAGGAAGGGAAGUGAUCUGAUUUCCCGUUUCUCUGCAGUUGCUUGUGUGGGAUCCGAGAGGCAGCGGGCCGUGUGUCCCUGGGGGCGCGGGGGGCAGCUGGUGACCCACAUUUCACAUGGGGAAAUAAGGGCUGGAGCCAGACUGCUGCCGUCGGGGUUCUUCUGCAUGUGUGUGUGUGUGUCCAUCUGUCUGUCCGUGCUGGCGCUGGGUGUCGAAGGCCAGAAGGGCUCCAGUGUCCCACUGGGCCCCUGGCCACGGGCACGGCUGGGUUUUGGUUGUUUUGGUUUCUUGAGCAGAGCUGGACGGAGCGGGCGGCCCUUUGCAGAGGCCUCUGCUCUCGGGGUGCCCACGGCCUGGCCGGGGCCUUCAUCAUCCCACUGAGCCGGCUGCUGCUGCUGCUGCUGCUCUUGGGCUCCUUGUCUUUUUUUUUCUUUGUUUUAUUUCAAAGUGGCCUUCUGUAACAAAAGAAACAAAAAAAAUGCCUUUGGGUGGUUUAGGUGGAGGUGAGGUGUCGCUGCUGUGUCGGUGUCGGUGUGGUUGUCCGUGCGCACGCCUGGUAGAUUCCUGUAGACAUGCAAUGCAAGGCUUAUUGUGUCUGGUUUUUGUAUGUAGCCUGUGUCUCUUUGGACUGGUUUGCAUCCUGAGGGUGUUUUUUGCAUUUAAAGAAAAAAAAGUGAGAACUGUUCCAGGUUGGGUGGGUACAAGGGACUCUGGAGACCUGCCGUGUGCCAGGGGUCAGGAGGAAGGUGUCUUCUGUCCCAUGUGAUGAUGUGGUCAGUGCUUGUUUGGCCCCUUUGCUUUCUGUGAUGGGUAUCCAGUGUCCCCACUGUGUCAGUGGAGCGAGCAGCCUUGGCCAGAUGAACCCGGUGACCUCUGCGUACCUGAGCAGGACUUUGGCUCAGCCUGUCUUGGUGUUCAGGCACUUGCUUAAUUAACUUAGUCAGAUAAGUGGCUGCUGCAGAGGGCUCCUGGAGCUGGUGUGGAGGUGGGCAGCUCUGAGAGUUGGCAUGUUUUUUUCUGAAUAGUUGUUCAUUCCAGUCUUAUUUUGAUUCUAAAAGCUAUGGGGGUGAGGAGAGGAAAACCCUCAUACUUACGGCCUAUUUUCCAUCCCUUGUCAUCAUUUGGGACAGGAUAAAAUGGAUUAUAACACUGUCUUUAGGUUAUUUCCUCCCUGAGUGAAACAUCAGUUGUUAGAAGCAGAUGUUUAGUGUUAAGAAAAAUAGGCUGUGGGUAGAAUCAGUCAUGGCUUCUUUCUGUCCCUGUUAUACAGAACUUGAUAAUCCAAACUUGAACUAUUAAAAUACCAGCCCAGCACUGGAUGGUGCAGUCUUGGCAGAGGUUGUGUUUGGCUGUUCGCAGGCUGCCUCACUCCUUGCCUGAGGCUGCUGAACAGUGAAGGAAGGCCCCACUGGCCUCUGUCCCUGCUCUGCCAGGGCUGGGACGGGGCUGUUGUGUGCUGGGAUCUGGUGGGAAUGGGCCGUGGGAUGUCAUGGUGCUCCUCAUCAGGGCGGCACGGCUGGUUCUGCUCUAGCUCUGGAUGAGCCCCAUGAGUUCAGCCCAUUCCUUGUGCUGUGAAUAGAAAUUGGAGCGUGAGGGAGCGCUGGUGCAGGAGUCACCCCCAGGGAAAUGCCCGAACUCCCAGCCCGUGUCUGUUGUGAGGUUUUCCCUGGCUGGCAGGCAGGCAGGCACGUCCUCCCGAGGCUGUGCUGCUGUGGCAGGCGCAGGCCCGCGCUGGCCGCGGUGCUGCCCGUGCCGGCCACGGGAACGCUCCGGCCAGAGCCCCGGUGCCAACGCCUUAUGGAUACGCCUUAACAACCUGAGCCAAAAGGGUGCUGGGGCUUGACAGAGCGAGAUCAGGGACCGACUGUGACCACCCAAUGAUUUAUUGGCUUCUGGUCAGGCCCCAGCCUGGCCAUCACUGGGUGAGGAGCCGUGGUGGGAGCGGGGACCCCCUGCUCUGUCACUGCAUGUGACCCCCCUCCUGCCUAAAGCAUUUAUUUAUUUUAUCUCGCUGUGCUCCCCGCGUUAGGAAUGUGUCACUGGAGCUGCUGACUGUGAGCCCAGUCGCUGCCAUCGCUGGCCCGGAGCCCCCGUCCCUCCCCUGCACCUCACAGGAGCCCCCGUGUCGCGCUCACCUGGGCAGGUGCAGUCUGUGUUUACAGUGAGGACGUGUCACUGUGUUACCAAUUUACUGAAAUACUGAAUAUUGACAAACUAGACUGUAAAGAUUUUUAUGUGUUUGGAUACAUCUGCUAUGUGAAAAAGCAACUAAUUUUGUACAUAUUGUAUUUUUACUAUUCAGCUGUACAAUAUUGGCUCUUCAUGCUCCAGAAUUUAGGUAUCCAACAUGAAUGAUAUCCAUGUAAUAAGCACUUGCCUGAAAUAAAUAUAAAACUGAAAUAAACAUGCACUGAAAUCAGAAA